CCAAUUUAGGGUGCAUGUGCUCCACCCCUACGUAGCUCGAACCCUGGUCAUCGUGUGCUGGCUCACUUGCUUGCAUCAAAGUCAAGAGAUGGUGCGCUUUUUAUGCGCUUGAUUUCUCGUCCCUCUCAAAUGCAAAGCGAAGCGAGUGAAUUGAACUCUCGCUGAACGUUGGCCAAUGGCAAUGCCAAUCGUUGGCGCCAAAUUAUUAACUACCAAAAUUUUGCCAUUCUCAUUCCAACUCUCGGUCUCCAUUGUACGUACUACCAGUUCUUUGAUUUCCUAUAUUUGUUUGUUUGGAACAAAAAAAUUAUCUAUUUUGACCACGCCUCCUUCCAAUUAUUUGCUCUCUUUCCAUUUAAGAAACGGAAGAAUCGAUGAAGCUCGAUCGUUAUUUAAUAAGAUGUCGUCUCCUGGUGUUAACUUAUACACUAUGAUGAUUGGGGGUUAUGCAGAUGAAGGUAGGCUUGAGGAUGCUCUGAAACUUUUCUAUGAAAUGCCUGUGAAGGAUUUGAUUUCAUGGAAUUCUAUGCUCAAAGGGUGUCUCAAAUGCGGGGAUUUAACUAUGGCUUGUAACAUGUUCGACAAAAUGUCUGAAAGGAAUGUUGUUUCUUGGACGACGAUUAUUAAUGGGUUGCUGGAGUUUGGGAGAGUUGAGGUUGCUGAAUGCUUGUUCAGGGUGAUGCCCACUAAGGAUGUAACUGCCUGGAAUUCAAUGGUUCAUGGAUUUUUUAGUAAUGGUAGAGUUGAAGAUGCUAUAGAGUUGUUUGAGAAAAUGCCUAAUAGGAAUGUGAUUUCAUGGACUUCGGUCAUUGGUGGGCUUGACCAUAAUGGAAGGAGUUUUGAAGCUCUAGUUGUUUUCCACAAAAUGUUGGCUUCCUUCAAAGCCACAUCAAGCACAUUGGCCUGUGCAUUAACAGCUUGUGCAAACAUAUGUACUCCCUUCAUAGGUGUACAGAUUCAUGGUCUAAUUGUUAAGACUGGUUAUUGCUUUAAUGAGUAUAUAUCUGCUUCCCUUAUAUCAUUUUAUGCUAACUGCAAGCUUAUAGAUAAUGCUUCUAGCAUUUUCAAUGAUAACGUGAGUAGAAAUGUUGUGGUCUGGACAGCUCUUUUGACAGGAUAUGGAUUGAACUGUAGGCACACAGAUGCGUUACAGGUUUUCAAGGGCAUGAUGAGAAUGAGUGUACUUCCUAAUCAGUCUUCUCUUACUAGUGCUCUCAAUUCAUGUUGUGGUUUAGAGGCUGUUGAUAGAGGCAGGGAAGUUCAUGCUGUAGCCCAUAAGCUAGGUUUGGAAAGUGAUAUCUUUGUCAGUAACUCUCUUGUUGUCAUGUAUACUAAAUGUGGACACAUUAAUGAUGGGAUUGCUGUCUUCACAAGAAUGUCUAGAAAGAAUGUUGUGUCUUGGAAUUCAAUUAUUGUUGGAUGUGCUCAACAUGGUUUCGGGAGGUGGGCUUUGACUCUAUUUGCUCAAAUGAUUCGUACGAGGGUGGAUCCAGACGAGAUUACGCUUGCAGGACUACUUUCUGCCUGUGGCCAUUCUGGGAUGUUAACAAAAGGUAGAUGCUUUUUCAAACAUUUUGGCAAAAACUUUGGUAUUGAGAUGACGAAUGAGCACUACUCUUCUAUGGUCGACCUCUUAGGCCGAUAUGGCCAAUUGGAAGAAGCAGAAGCGUUAAUUCAUAUCAUGCCUGGUAAAGCAAACUACAUGGUGUGGCUUGCAUUGCUUAGCAGUUCCAUCAACCAUUCAAAUGUGCAUGUAGCUGAAAGAGCAGCAAAAUGUGUGUUGGAUCUACAACCAAACUGUAGUGCUGCUUAUACAUUACUCUCAAAUUUGUAUGCUUCUACUGGAAAAUGGACUGAAGUUUCCAAAAUACGGAAAAAGAUGAAAGAUGAAGGGAUUUUAAAACAACCUGGGAGUAGCUGGAUUACAAUCAAAGGAAUCAAGCACAAUUUCAUUUCGGGAGAUCAGUCGCAUCCAUUGAGCAGAAAGAUAUACCAAAAGCUGGAAUGGCUUGGCGGAAAGUUGAAGGAACUGGGUUAUGUGCCUGAUCCUAAAUUCUCGUUCCACGACGUCGAGACGGAGCAAAAGGAAGAGAUGCUGUCUUAUCAUAGUGAGAGACUUGCUAUUGGGUUUGGAUUAAUCAGUACAGUUGAGGGUAGUACAAUAAUAGUAAUGAAAAACCUCCGUAUUUGUGGGGAUUGCCAUAAUGCUGUCAAGCUUACAUCAAAAGUUGUUGGUCGCGAAAUCGUAGUAAGAGACCCGAGCCGCUUUCAUCACUUUCAUAACGGAACCUGCUCUUGUGGAGAUUACUGGUAGCAACUGCGGUGGUUCAAAACAUGUUUUGAUAAUGAAUUCCAUAAUGCUCAAAAGAUCAUGGUCACAUGAAGAGGAAGAAAACAAAAUAAUCAAUUAUAUCAACCACUUUGAGAGUAUAUCCUCAUGAAGUAGAACAAGAAGCUAGAAUCUUCAAGUACUCAAAAAGGAGAGUUUUUGGCCUUCCGAAGUGAUCGAUACAGCUAUAUAUCAACAGAUGAAUCUCGAAGAAAAACAGUGAAAAGAAUCCAGUGAACUGAAAGAUCCUAAAUCAGAUUUCACUUUGAAUUAAACCCUAGAAAUUCGCAAGAUGACAGCUACAGAGAGAGAAGAAGAAGGCAAUUCAUCCACCACGAAUAUUGUAGAAAUCAAGAACGAACUAGUUGAAUUUGAACCAGAACCAGAACAAGAAGAUAUUAACGGUCUGUUGAACCUAGCGUCGAAGGAUGCCUAUUUCUAUGAUGGUCAACCUCAAAUAGAGAUUGAGAAGGAGGAAGAUGCCGAAGAAUCUGAGAGGUCAACGAAACGAAUAAGAACCGCAGAACCCGACGAAGAAGAAUCAUCGUCGAUAAAGAAUGCCUCGAAUUUGGAUGUAAAUCAACUUGAAUUGGGAAUCGAUCCUCUUGAAGUAAUGGAGGAAAUCAUAUUGAAAUACCACGACCUCAUUAACGAAAUAUAUCAAAUGUUGAAAGAUGAACAGAAAGAUGAACAGAAAGAUAAACAGAAAGAUGAACAGAAAGAUGAACAGAAAGAUGAACAGAAAGAUGAACAGAAAGAUGAACAGCAAGAUGAACAGAAAGAUGAACAGAAAGAUGAGCAGGAAGAUGAGCAGGAAGAUGAACAGACAGAUGAACAUAAGAAAGUAAAAAUCCAAUGGCAGAAAUGGCGAGAUAUUCUUGACAAAGGAAAUCUGAUGGUUGAGGAUCUGAAUGGAAGUUUGAAAACGGUGGAAAUAGAAAUGGAAUGGAUGAAAUCCGUAGAUGAAUUACAUAGAGAAUAUUCUAUAAGAAAAACCCAUGUUCCUGAUCUACUAGCUUUACUUCGAGACAUAAAUGAGCGUAUAGAAUCAUCACCUAAUUUCAAAGUUGUUUCAGACAUGAAGAAAAGGGAUGGAGUGUUAAAAAUGUGUUUAGAUGAACUUGAGACAUCCCAGGAAGAAUUGGCUGAAAUGGUUGAAGUAAUCCAAGAACUGAAGGAAUUACAUUUACAAGAUGAUGAAGAUGAUGAAGCUGUAGCAGGUAGAAUACUGGAAGAAAUAGGAGUUGAAGAGGUUGAAAAAUUUAAUGCAGAAUUUGAUGAAGUGCUAAAAGAAAUGGAUGAACUUGAUGAUGUGCUAAAAGAAAUGGGGUAUAGAACCUGCUGAAGGAACAGAUCAGUAAGUAAUGGUAGCACAAAAUUUUUGCUACUUUUCUACGAUUUGAUCUUUCAAAAUUGUUUUAGUUUUAGUUUGUUGAUAGGUGAAAUCUCUGUGCAAUCCUUUUCUUUUUCCUUUUCUUUUCCUCUGAUUUCAUUAGAAAUUUUACGUUCUUUCCAUUAGAAAACCCUAAUUCCUGGAAAAUUUGUAGUCUCUGUCCAUUUCUAGUUGUGGGUGUUCAGGAUAUUGAUGUUUUUUUACACUAUCUAAACACAAUUAGUGAGUGUUUUAAUCA